CCGAAAGAAGAGCGAUUUUCAAAGAUUGCUUGGUACUUGCAUACCACAUGAAUCAACUGUGCCACCGCAUCGUGUGUCAUGACAUUGAAGAACGCGCAAUCUCUGUAUCUCAAGUCUAAACGUCGAUAUUGCGUCGAAUGAAUAGUGAUGUGUCUGUUUAUAAAAUGUGAACGUUUUUUAAUUUCGUCGAACAAUAUUCGUCUAAUUUAUGCAGCGAGAAAUACAAUUUGCGUCUUUGAUCCAAAUGUUUCGCCUCUUGUAGCAUGAGCUGCCAACGCUGUCAAUUAUUGGCGCAUUCUUCUUAUCGCAUUUUUUAAAUUGAUGCUCGGGAAUAUCAGAGGAUAAAUGCUAAUAUAAUUGUUUAAAUGUAGAAUUAGUUUUGCGGAUUAAUACAAUUUUGUAAGCUAUUUAAUUUUAUGAUCAAUCGCAAUUCUUUCGAAACGUAUUUACGUUGGUAACUCUGACGCACGUCGACGCCCAAGUUUUACAACAGCCGCUCGAUAAUCAUCAUUGUCGGUGAUUAAGGCGCGCGUUUUGUGCUUUCUCAACUUUUUAUUUUUAUUUUAGUGUGAACGAUGGCGGUUUUGGAAUCUUGUUGGUCGCCGUGCAUUUGGACAAACAGUGUUAAAACUGGCUCUAAAGCUAUAGCAUUUUACACAGUGGCAAUUAGUAUAGUGUUAAUUACAUUAAUAUGCUACCAACUGGCUGGUGGCGAUUCCACACAAUUAUACAAUCCGUUGUUUGAAGCUGACGUGAGAGGCUCCAUGCAAGUUGUCGGAGGCUGCCUAAUCACUUAUCUGCUUUUAUUAAUAAUAAGCGCCUUAUUAAUGGUUUACGGCAUAAAAGAAGGUGUACGUGGAUGGUUAUUGCCGUGGCUUCUCGGAUGGUUUCUCGUUUGUUUGUUCCAGUUAGUCUUCGGACUGUGGCUUUUAGGCGGUUAUUAUAUUUAUUUGGACUCCGUAUUCGCGACAUUGUGCAAUUGGCUCUGGAUGUCUUAUAACAUAUAUUGUUGGCUGGUUGUUUUAUCAAUGUACAAAAUAUUUGCAAAACUGCAGUCUCCCAACAUAGAACUUUUGUGGCCUUAAAGGAAAGUACAAUAUACGAAAGCGAGAUACAUAUAUAUUAAUAGUCACCAAGAAGAAUGUGUGAGAGAUAGAAUCUCCAUUCAGAUUUAUUUAAAAAAAUCUACGUGAAAGAAACAUAUAAAUUUAUUAAGUUGACAUGAAGUUAUCUUUAAAUAAUAUAAUUUAUACUUGAAAAGUUUCCGCAAUAGUUGUCUAAAAGACAAAAUUUGCCUUUUCAUCAAUUCUCAUAUAUUUUUACAAUCUUCCUUAUAUAUAUAUAAUUUAUAUAACAUACAUACUUUUGAUAUACAUAUUAUUUAAUAAUACAUGUAUUUUUAAUAACGCUUUUAAAAAUCGCAAUAGUUGUUUUAAGCUGCGUUAAACGUAAUUAUGUAAUUACGUAUUAACACGCUUACGUUUGUUACGUUUAGAUAAAUUCAUAUUAACAUUAAUCAUGUCAUAGCGCUUUUCUACUUAAGUUUUAUUAAUUAAGUUUUAAUCUACUUUAAAUGGUAAUAAUGUACAAUUAUUUGUCGAUGAAAAAGGAUAAGAGA